UGAACUCCUGCCAAAAACAACACACACAUACGACACACACCAGAAAGGUGCUCAGGUUGCGAAGUCCCCCGUUUUUAACAGAUUUCAAUUAAAUUCGAUAAUUUCUCUAAAGCUCCAGACCUCCUCUCCUCGACGAUGUGGUGCGGUCGCGUGGCUCUUCGCGUGGCUCUCCAGCGGAUCGCCGUUGCGCCGUUAAACUCUUUAAGUAGUACCGGGGGCUUACCGGGCGCCGUGCAGAGAGAGAUGUCGUCUCUACCGCGGGUCUACAUCACGCGACAGAUCCCGCCGGAGGGGCUGAAGAUUCUCAGCGAGUCUGGACAAGUGCAGUUUGAUCUGUGGGACUCAGAUGACGUCCCCGUGCCCCGGAAGGAGUUGCUCCAGAAGGUCAAAGGUGUUGAUGCGCUGGUCUGCGUGCUCACGGAGAAGAUCGACGCCGAGCUAUUGGACGCUGCAGGUCCUAACCUUAAGGUCCUGAGCACCAUGUCAGUGGGUUUUGACCACCUCUCCCUGGAGGAACUAAAGAAAAGGGGGAUCCGUGUGGGUUACACCCCAGAUGUGUUAACAGAUUCCGUAGCUGAACUGACUGUCGCCCUGCUGCUGACCACCUCCAGGAGACUGGUAGAGGCUACGCAUGAAGCCAAGAGUGGUGGAUGGGGAACGUGGAGGACUCUGUGGCUGUGUGGAUAUGAGCUGGCUAACAGCACCGUGGGAAUCCUGGGACUGGGCAGGAUCGGAGUGGCUAUCGCUGAGCGUCUGAAGCCGUUCAAGGUUUUAAUGGGAAAUGGUAAGUUCAUCUACACGGACGUGGCUCCCCGACCAGAGCUGGCCAGUUUGAUCGACGCAGAAUAUGUCUCUAUGGAUGAGUUGGCCAGUCAGUCUGACUUCCUGUCAGUGUGUUGUCCUCUCUCCCUCUAG